AUGUCAGUUAUCAAAACUGAAUACACGGGAGGUGGUCACAGGCGCCUGGCAGGAUCCAGGUAAGGAGUAAAACCAUACUUGGAGUAUUCCUAGGAAUGUCCAUGAAAGACUGGAGUCGAUACAAUAUUUACUGUAGAUCUAUCUCACUGACAUCUAUUGAAACUGGAAGGCAUGUACAUUGCGUGCUCCUGUAAUAGCAUCGAGUACGGGGGACUUCUAGCAGCUGGGAUUAUUAUUGUUUACUCUGUAUUUAUCUUUUAUUUCCGUGUUUUUAUACUCCUUGAUUUAAAGCUGCUCUCUUGGUCUGUGUUAUCUAUAAUGGCAUUACCUCCUCUACUUUAUGUAACUGUCUUAUUUAUUUAUUGAGUGAUACUGUCUGCUGACAUUUCCAAAUGUUGUAUUUUUUUCUUGUUACUAAUUCCCGGGAUGUCCAGAGAUCUCAGGCGCUCCUAAAGGUGACACCAGCUCCCAGGCAGACAACGCAAAGCUGAGUGCUUUGCAGAAACAGCUGGACAUUGAGCUGAAGGUGAAGCAGGGAGCAGAGAAUCUGGUUAAAGCAUAUUCCAAUGAUCCUCCCAAAGUAAGUCGGAUACAUUGAAAUUGUGUUUAAAAAGAAAGAACCAUUUUUUAUGUUUACAUGACAUGCCUUUUACACACUAAUAGCAUUCAAGCUGCUUUAAGCAAAUAGUUUGCAGGUGAUAUAAUAUUUGUUCCUGAAAUUAAGAGAGGUGAUUCAACUAUAUAUCCAAGAGUUUCUCUCACAGUGAAAUAGUUGAAGGCAUGCGCUUUUUUUAAAUCAAUCAUGAAGCAUUUUUCAAAAUUCUAAUUGAAAAGGAUGAAUGUUUUUUGAAAGAUUCUCCUUCUAUAAUGCGUGUCUAUAAUUUAGUCUACCUGCAAAGAAGCACUGUAGUGUGCCUAGUGCCCGUUACCCCAGAUGCAAGCAUUCCGCUGCUGUAUUUUGAGCCAUAAAGGCUCUCGUAUACUGAAAGGGAAACAAAAUGAACUGGAUUUAUAGUCCUUGCAUGUUAUAUACAAGGAUUGCCUGACAUAAUCAUAUUUUAAUAUCUGCGUGAAAAUCAUUGUUUGAGAUCAAUGAGAAUCAAACAUAGUCCAUGUGUAUCCUGGGCUGUGAGUAGUUAGAGUUUAUUUCCUAGAAUGAGGUUAAUUAAUCCUAUAUCUCUUCAUACAGUUUAAUCAGCUAUCUGACUAUUCUUAUUACUGUUACAGAAUGCCAAACAUAUUGCUGCUGUCCAGAAAAAACUUAAAGGCAGUGAGAAAAAAAUAGCCAGUUUGCGCAGUCGAAUCCAGUCUCUUAUAAAAGGUAAACGUUCAGUCCUCGUAUGCAGUUUGAAAGAAUAUUAAUGGGUAACAAUGAAAAUGUAUUUUAUAUUUUUGUGAGUUUUAGUUUUUAAUGUUUGGCUGUUUUACUGUGCCAUGAGAUAUUCUGGGUGCCAACUGUUUUUAUAUAUGAUGAUCCAUAAGAUACCUGUGGAGGUACAGAGUCCCGGGAUGUGACUACUCUUUAAAGAAACAAUCCAAGCACAAUAGCCACUACAGAUCAUUAUUGUUAUGGUGUCAGGAGUGCCCUGGUGGCUCCAUUGUAAGGAGUCUAUUUGUUUUUCAAUGGCUCAGGCCUCAGAUCAGGAGAGCCAAGAGAAGUCCGUCUGCCCGGCUCUCCAACAUUAGUAGUGUACGCACAGAGCUGCACCUGGGAAGAAAGCAAACUGUUCAAAGGCACAUUGACGUCUAAUAAUGUGUUUCCAGGGCAGUACUUACACCAUAACCACUACAGCGAGCUUAAAUUCUCUUACAAGGAGGUAUUAGAAAGCUGUACGUAUCCCAUAAACCCCUACACUCCAAGGCUUUAUGAGGAAAUGUACAGCUUUUUCCAAUUGCAUCGCCUUUGCACUUCCUCUUAGAAGUGGGAGGUAAAGGGAGUAAUGAGAAGGUGCAAACAAAUGUUAUAUUAUUUCAUAAAAUUAAAUAUCAAAAAGUCUAUGCUUGGAUAUAGUGUUUUUUAUUUUAUUCUCUGUUGCAUUGAGUUUAAAACAAUUGGAGUAUUAUUAAUCACUGUGUAUAAUACACAAUACUUACAUUAUAUCAUGUCUCAACCUUUACAGAACAACCAUCGUUACCAGCUCCGGAGACAGACGUUAAUACUGUUGCUCCUUCGCUGUUGGUGACGGACACACAGGAGCCAGAGCCGUCUGGGUAUUCACUUUACAUCUUUCUCAUCAAUGUUGUUCGGACCUGAAUCCAUCCCAGUUUACACCACCACACCUGCUCAUUAUCUAUACGUCUAUUGUAUGUUUGUCUAUGGCUGUCUAUACAUUUCUUAGCAUGCGUAUCAAUUACAGAUACAUUUUAAAAGGCUGCCUACAGCUUGCAUGCUUGUGUCGCCAGAUCUCCUUAUCUUUGCAGGACUCCUGUGAAUUCUGCAUUCUGCCAGGCAGGGUGUGAGAGUGCUUUGGAUGUCACACAGGAAGCACAGAAUGUAGAAUUCUAUACGGUGCAAAGACAUAAAAAUUGGCAACUCUAGUGAGAAGUAUUCUUAGGGCGUCCUUUAAAUAAUGUCCUGUAUAUAGCAGCAAUAUUGUCUAAGAUAUAAUGAGUAUAGUGAUAUGACAACAAGAUAAACUAUUCUUUUCUUCAAUUCUCAUAGCGAUUUUCCAUUGAAAUCAAUUAACCCACCGGAUGUGGAACUUGACUUAGAGGUGCCUCCUGCUCUAAGUCAGACAUUUUUAGAUGGCAUUCAGCGUGAGAUUUCAGCUUAUAUUAAGAUCCAGAAUAUACUGGCCCAGGUAAAGUUCUAAGAUUUUCUGCCUGUUUGUUACCACUAAAAAUCAUCAUUAAACGAGCACUCUGUGUACAAUAACCAUUACAGCUCAGUGAAGUAGUUAUGGUGCAAAGAGUCUGUGGAUAUUAAACGAUUUAGGAGCAUUUUGACAAUUAAGGGAUCUCUACCUGGCUCCCAGAGACGCCCCCUUGGCCUUAUUGAUAAUGUAGAAUUUACAUUUUUGCACUAUAAAUAUUGGGGAUAGCUCAGACCUCUCAGCCAAUCAAUACCAUCCAGGUUGCCUACAAUUGGCAUUGAUAAUACAGAAGUGUUAAUUCCUCACUAUCAAUGUAGUGAGCUAGAAUGGCUAGUUGACUUUGAGUUUGCUUUUAAAGCAGCCAUGUUUCAUUCCUUGAUUGUUUGCGUUGACGACAUCUUGGUUCAGUAAAUAAAACAGACCGUCUCAUGGUUUAUCAAAGGCUAACAGUCACUUUCCAUGACUUAAAUACUAAUAAUAAAUCACCUACAGUGUCCUUGCAAUAAUGCAAGUAUUUGGUUAAUUUAAGAUUGAAUAUAUUCUCGUAUAAAACAAAGACAGAGAAAUAUAUGCAAAUACAGUGCAGUACUUCCAUAACCGAUAACAAAACGUGUAUAUAUAAUGGACAGACACUUACAAAGGAAAAGUACAACAAAAAGUGCACUAAUAGCGCUUUGACCCAAAGGCGAUUUACUCCAAUAAUUCCUUUUGUCUUCUAAAACUUUUAAGUAUUAAAUAGUUCUUGAAUGUUUAAAAUUAAAGAUGUGUCCCCAAGCACCGUCUCUCCCUCUCCUCUCCUGCUCGGACUAACACGGGAACAUUAGCGCAAGUAAUGAAGACCCAGCAGUGACUGGAUUAGAGAGUCAGCUAACAUUCUCAGCCCAUUGUGAGCAAAGGAUAGAAAUGUACUUACAUUAGAUAACGAUGGGCAGCCGACUCUCUCAGCCAAUCACUGAAGCCUCCUCACUGCUCGCACAACUUCUGCUUUGGCCUGAGCUGAAGAGACAGAGAUUGGAGUCACAUCUUUAGUGUUAAUCCGUUCAAGAACAGGUUAACAGUUAUAUGUAAGACUGUGUCUGGGCCUCCAGGCACCAUAACAACUUCAAUGAAGUGAUUACAUGCUACACAAACCUAAGCCCAUGGAAUCAAACUCCCACUACUCUUGGGCUGCAGCAGUGGCUAUAGUAUUCAUCAGCCCAAAUACAUAAAAUAAAGAAAAUGUUAUCUGCGCUAUCCUAAAUCCCUAUGUACGUUUAAAUAAUGAUGAUUUUAGUACCACUCCAAUGAUCAUUAAACUGUAAGCUCACCUGCCACGGCAAGGCAAACCUAUUAGGUGAGUCCUACACAAGUUGUUAUGGUGCCUGGAGUGUCAUUUCCUGUAUUUUAGUUUGUUUGGAGCAGUUUAAAAAGUAUCGCUGGCCCCUGUGGCAGCAACCAGGGGAUAGACUGUAAAAGCUUUUGGUUUGUUUGAGCAUUUUUCUUGCAAAGUGCCUUUUGUUUUCUAAUUGAUUUUGUUUCUGCUUUUUCAGCUCGCCAGAGGUCAGAUACCUGAUGCUGUUGAGCAGAAAGUAGAUCAACUUCCAGGUACAUUAAAACACUGUGUGUGAUUGCUGUGUAAAUAUGUAAGUGUACAUGCAUCCCUUUGACACCAUCAUUGCGGCUUCAUUGCCAGCACAUUGCAAAGAGAACGGAGAGACACAAACUGUCAUAUGGCUGCAGAGGCGGCUCUAGACUUUAUGAGGCCUUAAGCGAAACUCAAACAUGAGGCCCCACUAACACCAAAGUUAAAAAAAAAUAGAGUUGCAAUACAUGCACACUGUCACAUACAUACAUUGAUGCACAGUUUACCUGUGUAUGUGCUUGAGAGUGUGUCUGACAGAGAGUAUCCUUGUGUGUGUGAAUGUAUAUCUCUGUGAGCAUGUUUGCAUUUUUAUCUGGGACUGUAUGUGUAUGGGGUAGCUGCUAGAGGUGUGUUGUGUGUAUGGGGCUCUGCUUGUGGCUUUUGUGCGUUGUGUUUAUGGCAAAGCUAUGUAUCCUGAUUGUGUGUGUAUGAUGAAUGUCUUCAGCUGGUGACUGUGACAAGGUGAGUAAAGGGGUACCAGUGGCAGGGAGAGUGUGACAGGGCAAAGGUGGUAAAGGGGCAGGGUGGGGUUGUGAGAGAGAAUGAGGGAGUAUGACAUGGUUUGAUGAGGAAGUGUGACAGGGCGAGUGGAGGUAAGUGUGUCAGGGCAAUUGUGGCAUGGUAGGAGGGAACAGUGUGACAGGAUUAAGGGGGUUUAAUGUGACAGGGUGAGUGUGGCAGAGUGAGGGCAGGUGGGUUUGGAGGGGGUGAGAUUAACAGAAUUAGGAGUGGUUAAUGUGAGUGUGAAUGCAUGAAGAGGCUGAAAGUGUGUGGGGGUGACGACAGUGUAGGGAGAGGUGACAAUGUGUGGGGAGGUUACAGUGUGAGGUGAUGCUAACAUUGUGUCUGGGGAGGCUAUGUGUGUAAGGGGGCGUGUGUGGGGUGGUGAUCCUGUGUGUGAGUAGGUGAUGGUAAUGAUGUGAGGGAGGGGUGGGGUGAUGGUGAGAGUGAGGGUGAUGGUGAGAGUGAGGGUGAUGGUGAGAGUGAGGGUGAUGGUGAGAGUGGGGGUGAUGGUGAGAGAGGGGGUGAUGGUGAGAGAGGGGGUGAUGGUGAGAGGGGGGGUGAUGGUGAGAGGGAGAGGGGGUGAUUGUGAGAGGGAGAGGGGAUAAUGUGAGAGGGAGAGGGGGUAGUGGUGAGAGGAAGGGGAGGGUGAUGGUGAGAGGAAGGGUGGUGGUGAGAGGGGGUGACGGUGAGAGGGGGAUGAUGGUGAGAGGGAGAGGGGGUGAUGGAGAGAGGGAGGGAGGGGUCCCCUCAUGCAUCCAUAAAUAUAGUAAAAUCUUACUUGUAUUCAACUCUGCAGCUGCUUACUUUGUCCCUGUUUCCUUUUGACCUGCCCACUGCCUGCUGACAUCAGCAGAAGUGGUAUCCUGAUACCAAAAUACAUCUGUAAUCUCAGCCAAUCUUAAUGUUUCCAUUAUUUAUAAUGACAAUGCUGAACGUAUCCCAUAAACUCAGCAGGUGUGUUUAGUUCAGCACUUGGCAGUAGUUUCAUUCAGUAAAAGUCAAACUGUUUCUUGAGCUACGUUCUCCAGUCUUUUUUUUUUAAUUCUUUUUUUAUUUCAAGUCAAGACACCGUAACAGAAAAUCAAAAAUACCACAAUUGUAUGCAACAUAUCAAGAAUACAUGGUUGCCACUCGUGUAAACAUAAAAAAUGUUCUCCCCAUAAAAUCUGGAAAAGACGUCAGAUGUCAGGGAUAGUACUAUAACCGGGGCAGCUUGUCGCUGCUUUUCUCUAAAUAUUGUAGAUAUAAGAAUCAGAAAAACAAAAGCACAGAAAGAGUAGCUUCUCACAACAAAAUAUCUGGAAGGUUACGGGUUAUGAUAAUACAUGAAGUGUCUGUUUAAAUAAAAGUUUAUGUACUGUGUAGUUGAUUGAACCUUGAUACUAUCUGUCAACAUUGUGAUUUGACUACUGUCUUUCUUUUUAAUUUUCAGAGUCUCCAAAUUCUCAAGACUCUCUCCACACUGUCAGAGGGUCGUCAGCUAGUGAUAGUUUCUCCACUGUUGACCUGAACUCUUCUACAAGUGACAUCUCAUUGGAAAGUACUGGUGGGUCAUAGCUGUAAUAACUGUUGCUUUUUCAUUUUACAAUAAGGUGGAUGUUUAAGCGACUGUAAGACAGGAAAUCAUAACUUUUUGAACAGUUAUUGCACAUAUUAUGAAUAUGAGAUUGUAGACGUUAGUGAGCAACAGAUCAUCCACAUUAUAUAGCGUGAAAACAUGGAAAUUGAAAUAAAUAGUGCCAAGGAUGGCUGUGCCUUGUUAGUUUUACAGAAAUAUAAAUGAGUCCCGUGCACAUUUUACAAUAAACUAAAUACAGAGUAUACUAUAACAACCACAGCUAUAGGAUGUAUGGUGCCAGGAGCAUCCUUGUACCACCCCAUUGUAAGAUGUCAAACUUUUUUUUGUAUGAUGUGACAGCUCACCUGCAUUCUGUCAGGAAACUGUCCGCUGCAAAUCCACAUCCACUGCAUUCAAUGUUCUCCAACCAGAGAAGUCAGAUGUCCCUAUAAAAUAAUGCAUGACCAUUGAUGGACUAUGUUCAUUGGCCAAUGGGAGCUCAGCUGACGCUAUCAGCCAAUGAGCUCCAUCCUACAUUGUGGCAGACCUCUCUGCCUUUGGAUUAUCACUGUUUCGUCUGUUUGCUCGGUAUUUGCCAAUUGUUCGUAUGGCCCUGCUUUCAUUCACCUAAAUACGAAUGAACUACCGAAUGGCAGGCCACCCAGCAGGGAACUGUGCUGUUCAUUAACCUUUCUGCCCUCAUUAACAUUGUGGUUAACCGCAGACACUUCCAACUCCCGAACAGUCGGCUGGGUGGUCGUCAUUCGUAUGAAUGAACACAUGGCGGUGGCCACCUUGGACAGUCGAACGCCCAGCAGUGUUCGUCGACAAACUCAUGGAACUAAUUUCGGACACUACUUCCCACGAACACCGCUGAAAUCACCGACCCUUCAUCGUUCUGUUCAAGGUUCAAUUGACAAUGCAUGAACAGAACUACCCAGAUAGCCAUCCCAUGGAGCUCAUUUAUUUUGUCGAAAGCACCCUAUACAAGACUUUAGCUCCAUGGCGAUUGAACUACAUGUAUGGGAUCUGAGCGCUAUUCAGUUAUAUUGAGCACUCAGAUCUAAGCUAUCUGGGGAUACGGUGAAUGUGGGGAUUCUGUUCGGUAUAUUUAGAAAUAUAUAUUUUUAUGUGUUGUUACUGUUCUUAGAAAAUGGAGGAUAUUCCCUAUCCCUGGAGGUAAUUGAGUUACUUCUAGCACUUAACCCAAUUAUCUCUAGGAUAGGGAGGAGGAGUUGUAAUGUUCAUGUGGGAGUGUUUAUUACUGUAAAUGUAUGUGAUCGGUUGCUGUACAAAGCUUUCUCAGUUUUCCACAAGGUCCCUAUGGGAGUGUCCCUUGCUGGAAGACCUCCAUAAAAGGCUGGCAUGUAGCCCACAUUAAACAGAUCCUGCUUGCCUCUCAAUACAGAGCCUCGUCUCGUACUUGGGGGAUUAUUCGUGUGUUUCCUGUUCGGCGCUUAGAAGUGUGCGCUAGCUGACUUUGCAUUCGGGAAAGGGAACAGCUUUGGCGGCGUUAACCCCUUCUAUACCCGGGGUGCCGUUACAUACAUGACCCUACUUUGCUUAAUCGGCAUUCUCUAACCAGAGACGACUGAAUGCACGGGAUGCGGUCACAGGUGCCUGGCGGAAUCCAGCUGAGGUGUUGAACCAUACUUGGAGUAUUCCUAGAAAUGUGCAUGAAAGAGUCUACACAAUUUUUACUAUAAAUCGAUCUCUGCGACAUGCACUGCUCAAAAAAAUAAAGGGAAAACAAAAAUAACACAUCCUAGGGAUCUCCUCCCAGGCCUGGACUAAAGCAUCUGCCAACUCCUGGACAGUCUGUGGUGCAACGUGACGUUGGUGGAUGGAGCGAGACAUGAUGUCCCAGAUGUGCUCAAUUGGAAUCAGGUCUGGGGAAUGGGCGGGCCAGUCCAUAGCAUCAAUGCUUUCGUCUAGCAGGAACUGCUGACACACUCCAGCCACAUGAGGUCUAGCAUUGUCUUGCAUUAGGAGGAACCCAGGGCCAACCGCACCAGCAUAUGGUCUCACUACGCUGACAGACACAGCAAACCUUCUUGCCACAGUUCGCAUUGAUGUGCCAUCCUGGAUGAGCUGCACUACCUGAGCCACUUGUGUGGGUUGUAGACUCCGUCUCAUUCUACCACUAGAGUGAAAUCACCGCCAGCAUUCAAAAGUGACCAAAACAUAAGCCAGGAAGCAUAGGAACUGAGAAGUGGUCUGUGGUCACCACCUGCAGAACCACUCCUUUAUUGGGGGUGUCUUGCUAAUUGCCUAUAAUUUCCACCUGUUGUCUAUCGAAUUUGCACAACAGUAUGUGAAAUUGAUUGUCACUCAGUGUUGCUUCCUAAGUGGACAGUUUGAUUUCACAGAAUUGUGAUUGACUUGGAGUUACAUUGUGUUGUUUAAGUGUUCCCUUUAUUUUUUUUGAACAGUGUAUAUUAAUAUUGGAAAUCUCUGGAUCUGUGGCAUCUAUAAUUGCAUUACCUACUCUACUUAAUGUAACUGUCUUAUUUAUUUAUUGAGUGAUACUGUCUGCUGACAUUUCCAAAUGUUGUAUUUUUUCUUGUUACUAAUUCCCGGGAUGUCCAGAGAUCUCAGAUGCUCCUGCAAGUGACACCAGCUCCCAGGCAGAGAACACAAAGCUGAGUGCUUUGCUGAAACAACUGGACAUUGAGCUGAAGGUGAAGCAUGGAGCAGACAAUCUGAUCAAAGCAUAUUCCAAUGAUCCUUCCAAAGUAAGUCGAUUACACUUACAUUGAGUUUACAAAGAAAGAAUAUUCUUAAUAAAUUUUGUUGGGGGGAGGGGCAAAACCAAAAACUCUCUUACACCUUUUACAUUACGUGCCUUUUACACCCUGACAGAGAGGUGAUACAAAUUACCAGAUAGAAUUCCAAGAGUUUCCCGACAUCUCUCACAGUGAAAUAGUUGAAGCCAUGUGCUUUUCUUAAUCAAACAUGAAACAUUUUUAAAAAUUCCAAGUAGAAAGGAUGCAUGCUUUUUAUUGUUUUAAUUUCUGAUUUUAAAGAUUCUCCUUCUAUAAUGCGUGUCUAUAAUUCAGUCUGCCUGCAAGGAAGCACUGUAGUAUGCCUGGUGCCCGAUACCCUAGAUGCAAGCAUUCCGCUGCUGUAUUUUGAGCCAUAAAGGCUCUCGUAUACUGAAAGGGAAACAAAGUGAACUGAAUUUAUCGUCCCUGCAUGUUAUGUACAAGGAGUAGUUACAGUUUUAUUUCCUAGAAUGAGGUUAAUUAAUCCUAUAUUUCUUCAUACAGUUUAAUUAGCUAUCUGACUGUUCUUAUUACUGUUAUAGAAUGCCAAACAUAUUGCUGCUGUCCAGGAAAUACUUCAAGACAGUGAGAAUAAAAUAGCCAGUUUGCGCAGUCUAAUCCAGUCUCUUAUAAAAGGUAGACGUUCUGUCCUUGUAUGUAGUUUGAAAGAAUAUUAAUGGGUAACAAUGAACACAUAUUUUAUAUUUUUGUGAGUUAUAGAUUUUAGAGUUUGGCAUUUUUACUGUGCCAUGAGAUAUUCUGGGUGCCAAUUGUUUUUAUAUAUAGUGAUCCAUAAGUCACCUGUGGUACAGAGUCCCGGGAUGUGACUACUCUGUAAAGAAACAAUCCAAGCACCAUAACCACUACAGAUCAUUAUUGUUAUGGUACCAGGAGUUCCCCCAUUGUAAGGAGUCAAAUUGUUUUUGAAUGGCUCCCCAGGGCUUGCUCCGGGCUUAGAUCAGGAGAGCUAAGAGAAGUUCCUGCUUAAGAACAUCCGGCUCUCCGUCGCUGGUAGUGGGAAGAAAGCAAACCGCUCAAAAAAGCAUUGACUUCUGAUAAUGGGGCUGCAGGGCAGGACUUAUACCACUACCAUUACAGCUCGAUUUUUACUUACAAGGAGGUAUCCCAUCAACGGCUACAUUGAAGAAACGUACAACUGUAUUUUCCAAUUACAUCGCCUUUGCAUUUCCUCUUAGAAGUGGGAGGUAAAGGGAGUAAUGAGAAGGUGCAAACAAAUGUUAUAUUAUUUCAUAAAAUUAAAUGUCAGACAGUCUAUGCUUGGAUAUAGUGUUUUUUUUAUUUUAUUCUCUGUUGCAUUGAGUUUAAAAUUAUUGGAGUAUUAUUUAUCACUGUGUAUAAUGCACAAUACUUACAUUAUAUUAUAUUGCAACCUUUACAGAACAACCAUCGUUACCAGCUCCGGAGACCGACGUUAAUACUGUUGCUCCUUCGCUGUUGGUGACGGACACACAGGAGCCAGAGCCGGCUGGGUAUUCACUUUACAUCUUUCUCAUCAAUGUUGUUCGGACCUGAAACCAUCCCAGUUUACACCACCAUACCUGCUGAUUAUCAAUACGUCUAUUGUAUGUUUGUCUAUGGCUGUCUAUACAUUUCUUAGCAUGCGUAUCAAUCACAGAUACAUUUUAUAAGGCUGCCUACAGCUUGCAUGCUUGUGUCGCCAGCUCUCCUUAUCUUUGCAGGAUUCCUGUGAAUUCUGCAUUCUGCCAGGCAGGGUGUGAGAGUGCUUUGGAUGUCACACAGGAAGCACAGAAUGUAGAAUUCUAUACGGUGCAAAGACAUAGAAAUCGGCAACUCUAGUGAGAAGUAAUCUUAGGGCGUCCUUUAAAUAAUGUCCUGUAUAUAGCAGCAAUAUUGUCUAAGAUAUAAUGAGUAUAGUGAUAUGACAACAAGAUAAACUAUUCUUUUCUUCCUUCUGAUAGUGAUUUUCCAAUCUUUCCUAUGAAACCAAUUGUCUUACCGGAUGUGGAACUUGACUUAGAGACACCUCAGACAUUUUCAUAUCGCAUUAAGAGUGAGAUUUCGAUAUAUAUUGAGUUCCCGGAUUUCCUGGCUCAGGUAAAGCUCUAAGAUGUGCUGGUUGUUCUUUACCCCUGAACUUCGUCAUUAAAUGUGCACUCUGUGUACUAUAACCAUUACAGCUCGGUGAAGUAGUAAUGUGGAUAUUGGCCCACUUUUUUUUUCUUAAACCAUUUAGGAGCAUUUUGACAAAUAACGGAUUGCCCCCCUUGGCCACAAUAAUGUAAAUUAUUAUUUUUUGGACCUAUAAAUGUUUAUUCCAUUCCAACUGGACAGCUGUGAUGGGUGGUGUUCUUUCCCCCCGUCCCUCCAAAAAUAAAAAAUGACAGGGGAGAGGGGGAAAGAAUACUAUGGGACAGGGGAGGGGAGAACAAUAUGGGACAGGGGGAACAAUAUGGGACAGGGGAGGAGGGGAAAGAAAACUAUGGGAUGAGGGAGGGGGAAGAAAACUAUGGGAUGGGGGAGGGGGAAGAACACUAUAGGGGAGGGGGGAGAACAAUAUGGGACAGGGGAGGGGGAGAGAACACUAUGGGACAGCAGAGGAGGGGGAAUAAAACUAUGGGACGGGGUGGAGGGGGAAGAACACUAUGGGAAAGGGGAGGGGAGAAAAGAACACUAAAAAGAGGGAGGGGAGAGGAACAAUAGAUGGGGGAGAGAGGAACAUUAAGCGAGAAGGGAUGUUUUUCAUAUUAGAUUAAUUCAAUUCAUUAAAAAGUCUAAUAUUAAAAAAAAUUAUAGGAGAACAACUUUUUUUUAAAUCACUUAAGUCAUUUUCGGUUUCGGUUUUCAGCCAAUGGCAUCCUGAAUUUUCAUUUCGGUGCAUCCCUAGUUCAGUUAAUAAAUCAGACUGUCUAAUGGUUUAUAAAAGGCUAUCAGUCGCUUUAAUAUUAUAUUAACUAAAAAAAGUGUCUCUGGAGCAAAAUACUAAUAAAUGUGACAUAAAUCACCUAAAGUGUCAGUGCAGUAAGGCAGGUAUUCGAUUAUCUUAAGGUUCAGUAUAUUUCGAUAUAAAACAUAUAUAUAGAGAAAUAUAUGGAAAUACAGUGUAGUUUUUACAUGACAAUAGAAUGUACAUAUAUUGGACAGACACAAAAGAAAAGCCCAACACAAAGUGUGCUAGUGCUUUGACCCAAAGGCCAUUUACCUCUAAUCAGUCAUUAUGUCUUCUCCUUGGCUGGUCCACAUGUCCCCUAUGCCGAUGUUGAUGGUUGAACUCUGCUAAAUCUAGUUCUUGUAGUUCUUGUUUUAACUCCCUCCUUAGGCAUUUCCUAAAUCUUUAAAGGUAAACAGAGAAUCUCAGGGGAAAUGUUUUUAGUGUGUUAUUCAAUGUUAUACAUUGCAGAGAAGUAACACUUCUCCAAGAACAAAUGCUUUUAUUAUGUAUGGUUUACCUUUCUAGGAUUACGGAGAAGGCCACGAAUAUACCAGCGAUAGCAAACACAUUAUUACAAACCCAACACCUGAUGUAAUAAGUGAGCCUGAUAGGACAGAUUCCCCUCUGGAUAACAGUGUUCGUGAACCUUCUGAAACAUCUGAGGACGUACGGUACGAUUACUUACCUGUGUUACAGGAGCGUUUUAUUCUAUGUCUUUGUUUUUAUUAAUUGUGGGAGUUUCUGGGACAUUUAAAAUAAUUUCUCAACGUUUUCCUUUCUUGGCAGUAUUCAGCCCCAACUUCCUCUCACCAUGGAGGACUUCCAGCUCCGCUGUGUGCUGGGUAGAGGGAGCUUCGGGAAGGUAAGUUUAAGGUGGAAUUCCAAUUCUAGUUGCAUAUAACGGAUGUCUUAACAGAUGCCGCACAACACUUUAUUUAUUUUAAUUUCAGGUUCUACUGGCUAAGUACAAGGACACAGACCAUAUGUACGCCUUGAAAGUCAUAAAAAAAGGUGACAUAGAAUCAUCACCUAUGCUCGAUAGGUCAGUAAAUGAAGAACAAUUAAUUGUUUUGGGGAGAACGAGAUUCUGUUUUCUGUCUUUUGAAUGCCGUUUGGUUUUGGAGAAACGGGGAAAAUAACUUUUAAUAUAUUUUUUUCUUUUCCAGCCUUCUGAUUGAGAAACGCGUAUUUCAAGCUGUGACUAACAGGCGCCACCCAUUUCUGAUUAACCUGUUUGGGAGCUUCCACAAUCAAGAUCACGCCAUUUUUGCAAUGGAAUAUGCUGCUGGGAGCGACCUAAGGGCACACAUCAGCAAUAGGCGUCCCUUUCCAGAACCCAGAGCCAUGUGAGUAUAAGCUGCAGGUCUAAUUCAAUGAUCUGCAGACGGGCUACAAAUUCCAUAAAUUCUAGUUAUUUACCCCUGAUUAUACCUGGAAUAUCACACAACAUGGGAUCCAUCGUUGGGUCUUUUAAUCCUGAUUAUUUUGUUUAUAAGAGUAAAAAGAAGAUGCAAAAACAAUGCCCAUUACAUUAUAAUAGUAACAACAUCAUUAAAACAGAAUUUGACGACUUUGCUUCUGAGACGGACGCACAGUCUUUGAGCUUCUGACCCGGACGCUAGAUUAACCAACAUAACCCGAGCAUUGACUGAUUUGCAGUCCCAGUUUGGGCACCAACAUACCCCUGCACACCAUGGGUAGAAAAAAAGAAGAAGCAAAAACCCCGACCAAUCGCGGCCGGGCAUGCAUAUAGGAGCCCUGCUUCAACAAACACUUGGUGCGCCUGGACCCAAAACUACUGCCCCGGAAGCUGCGUCCAGAGACAUGGUGGUGCGCUUUCGUAGUCAGAGUGACUUAUACAUUACAUAGUUACAUAGUUACAUAGUUACAUAGUUACAUAGCUGAAAAGAGACUUGUGUCCAUCAAGUUCAGCCUUCCUCACAUUUGUUUUUUGCUGUUGAUCCAAAAGAAGGCAAAAAAACCCAGUUUGAAGCACAAUUUUGCAACAAGCUAGGAAAAAAAUUCCUUCUUGACCCCAGAAUGGCAGUCAGAUUUAUCCUUGGAUCAAGCAGUUAUUACCCUACAUUGAAAGAUUAUAUCCUUGAAUAUUCUGUUCUUGCAAGUAUGCAUCUAGUAGCCGUUUGAACAUCUGUAUGGACUCUGAUAAAACCACUUCCUCAGGCAGAGAAUUCCACAUCCUGAUUGUUCUUACAGUAAAAAAACCUUUCCUUUGCCUUAGACGAAAUCUUCUUUCUUCCAGUCUAAACGCAUGGCCUCGUGUCCUAUGUAAAGUCCGGUUUGUGAAUAGAUUUCCACACAAUGGUUUGUAUUGGCCCCGAAUAUAUUUGUAUAAUGUUAUCAUAUCCCCUCUCAGGCGACGUUUUUCUAAACUAAAUAGGUUUAAAUUUGUUAACCUUUCUUCAUAGCCGAUAUGUUCCAUUCCUUUUAUUAAUUUUGUAGCCCGCCUCUGCACUUUUUCUAGUGCCAUAAUAUCCUUCUUUAGAACAGGUGCCCAAAAUUGCACAGCAUAUUCAAUAUGUGGUCUUACCAGUGAUUUAAAAAGAGGCAAAAUUAUAUUCUCGUCCCGAGAAUGAAUGCCCUUUUUCAUGCAUGACAAUACCUUACUGGCCUUGGCCACUGCUGAUUGACAUUGCACAUUGUUGCAUAGUUUGUUGUCUAUAACAAUUCCCAAGUCCUUUUCAUGUGUUGUUAUCCCUAAUUCGCUUCCAUUAAGGGUAUACGUUGCUUGUGUAUUCUUUACGCCGAAGUGCAUAACUUUGCAUUUUUCAACAUUAAAUUUCAUCUGCCAUUUGAGUGCCCAGUCUCCCAGUCUAUCUAAAUCCCUCUGCAGCAAAGUAAUAUCUUGCUCACAUUGUAUUGUUUUACAAAGUUUUGUGUCAUCUGCAAACACUGAAACAUGACUUUCAAUGCGGUCUUCAAGAUCAUUUAUAAACAUGUUAAAUAGAAGGGGUCCCAGAACAGACCCCUGAGGGACACCACUUGCCACCUCUGUCCAGCUUGAAAAUUUACCAUUAAUGACAACUCUUUGUACUCUGUUUUUAAGCCAAUGUUCUACCCAAGAACAAGCAUUUGACAUUCAAGACCAUGUCACUCUCCUUUUAUGCCAACCUAUCGGGUAGCACACUAGAGUGGCGAAGAUCCCUUCAACCAUUUACCAAAAUACUCAGGGACCCCGGAAUCACCUACAAAUGGCAUUCCUCCCGCACUCUAUUGAUCUCACAAAGGGACUGCUCCUAUGCGAUCCACGAUCUAUAAGAAGCAACAGCCCUCAUGGGACCCCUUGGCCUCCCACUGGACUCUCUGCAACAGUCCAGACCGCAACAAACCGCUACUACCACAGCCAGAUGGAAUCCGGUGAAUGUUGUCCCCUUCGUCCCUAGGAGGGCCAACACGGAGGCCUACGUGUCAACUACAACCUAAGCCCACACAGGCAGAACAGACCAUGCAUACCCACCGCAGUUGGGAUGUUUAUAAUAAUGUUUAUUUGUUCCCUCUACUUUUUUUUUAUAUGUUUCACAACUUAACUGCUCGAUGUGUGCCUUCUGGGGCAUGUGUCUUGUGUUAGGACGCCAGGGAUGCCCUUGCUCCCAACUUUGGUUACACGUUAUUCUUUUUACUCACUAUUCUACCAGCCUGCGCACGCAGUGCCCACGUUUCCCACCAUCGGGAUUAAGCUGAAUGCAGGCUUGCCACCCAGGGCUGCGUAAGCGCGUGCGCUAUGCCGUAGCUGUAACUUCCCCACUCGGCCAUUACAUGCCUAAAUAGCUGUACAUGCUUAUAAUAGAGAUGUUAUGUUAUUUUUUAAGCCUCACUAUGGUUGGUACACUCAGCCUGGUAGGGUACUGCAGCGCUUCAAACAACCGAGAUCAGUGAUUCCAAAGUUAUUUUAGAUAUUCAUUACACUAUGUUAUUUAAUAUAAUAUGUCAGAACACAGAGUGACUUGGAAUAUAUGGAAUUAACCAGUUAAUAAUAAAACACUGCGUCAUCUAGAAAGUAACAGAUUUAUUUAUUAUUCCCAGAUUUUAUUCGGCCUGUGUCGUCCUGGGACUGGAGUUCUUACACGAACAAAAGAUCAUUCACCGGUAAGAUUAUAGAAAGAGACUACACAUGGAGUGUCCAUGAUAUUUGUGUUAUUGUAUUUAACCCUGUUUGUUUAUAGUAAGUUAUUCAUGUUAACCAUUUAAAUAGCCUAAAGAGUGAAUCCUAAUCCUAAGUGCCUCUAGUGUUAUGUAAAAUGAAUAAAACUUAAUUUUCUGUAUUUUAAUCUAGAGACCUGAAAAUAGAAAAUAUUGUUCUAGACGAAAAAGGGUUCGCAAAGAUCACAGACUUUGGUCUUUGCAAAGAAGGUAAAGAUGAUUAAUAAUAUUAAUUAAAACAUAUUUUUUUGAUAAAAGCUCACAUUUAUUAAAUUCAAAAUGUCCCGGCAAUAUCAGAGCUAGCUUUCAUAAACAACAUGUUAAUAUGUAAAAUGAUGUGUAUACAAUCUCUGAUUCAUUCCAAAGGAACUCUGCAACGGUAAAAGUAUUUAUUUUUGAAUUUAAAGUGUCCAUGAGGUCUUUUAGGUUAUGGGGCCGCCCCUUUUAUUUAUUUAUUUAUUUAUUGUCAAUCUUUCUUUUAUUAAGGCACAUAUGAAGGGUACAGAAUAGAAACAGGGGAAAUGCAUGGGUAGUCCACAGAAUAGGGUUAAUACAGCAAAAACAUUGUUGAUUAAAUUUCCUGAAUAUUAAUGCCUCAUUUUUUAAAUUUUUGUAAGUCGCUAUAUGACGAGUGUGACUUUUCCAAUGUAAUUUAUGAUUUAAGUACAUACAGGCUGAACAAUACAAGCUAAGAGUGGCAUGUAAAAACUAAGUAAAAUCAAAUUAAACAAGCCCAACAGUAUUAUGCCUAGUACUGGUAAUGAUUGCAGGGCAAAUAUGCAAUAAAUCCUUUGCAGUAUGUACAGUCUGACUAGUAGCUCACUGUCUCGUGUUAUUACGGUGUACAUAAUCUGUGUUAUCAUAUAUGAGACUUGUUAUGCUAUGAUAGUAGGCCGCUUAUAUAGCGUGUUCCAAUAUGCUAUUAACUUUCUAGUGAGUUUUUACUAUAUGAGUGUGUCUAGUGUAACAUAACUAGGUAAAUGAGCAGGUGUGGAUGCAUCACAGAGUGUCCAACAAUUUAAGUCCUGAAAAGUAGUCAGACCGUGAGCCGGGGGCCGGGGUGGCCGCAGAUCUCAGCCGAUGCCUCUGGUGUGUUUCUCUGGGUAAGCCCAGUUGUAGCUUCGCAUGGCGUGGGACGUUGUGUGACCAGUGGCUCUCCAUGUGCUUGCUCUGAGAGGGUCUGUAUCUGUGCUGUUGCUGUGCGACACAGGGCUCCCACCUCCAUGGUGCGCUGGGAUUGCCAUGCUGCUACUGCGAGUCCAACGACCGCCGUGAGGUGGGUGCUUGCCAAGCUUGGUGCGGAGCUUUGUCGGUCUGGGGGCGGGAAUCCUCCCUUGCCACUGGGUUGUAGGAGAGCCGGUGCAUGUAGGCCACGAGCCUGGGAGCCUGUGUGGUCCAAGGUUGCCCUUUGCGGGGUGGUGCAGGGAGAUUCAGGUAGUUGCUUACGUGGUCGCUGAGCUGCUCUCUGCCAGUGUGGCUGGCACCUUCGGGUUAUACCCUGUGUUGCUGUCAUCCCGGGAGGGCCUUGGAUGUAGGACACUGGGGUGUGGGUUGCGAAGUUGCCCUGGUAGGUGUCCCCGGUCCCCCGUCCGCCUUUGGCUCCGACCCUCGCGGACGUUUUUUGGCGCAGGGUUUCAGGCUGCAUGCGGGCCUCUAAUUUUGCCCAGAAGAUAUCAAAGAUUGUAACUAUAGAGUCUCUUGUGCAGUCUUUUGUUACUGCUGUGUUAGUUUGGUGCCAUCGCUUAACUGACACUUUGGUGUCAGGGUAUUCCACCAUCUUGUGGGCUUCCGCCUCCAUUUUGUAUAGGGGGUUCACUGUGUCCAUCGUUUCAUGUGGGGGUUGGAGCACCCUGUCCGGUGGGGACCGAGAUAUCUCCCAUCGGUCCAAAGGGGGGGGUGAGUGUGUUCCGUACACUUGGUGCGGUUGGCAACCGGCGGGAAGGCGGCCGUCCAUCCCCCGUGUCUCCGCUAGGCCUCAUAUUGCUGCUUCCCGGUCGACGUUCCCGGUCGAGUUCAGUGUCGAUGGUACCGGCAGGUCAGAUAGUGCUUCCUCUGUGUGUUGAGCCCAAUAUCAGGUAGUUUCCAGCAAGUAGCUAUGAGAUAUUCGUAGUUUUGGGCCCACACUGCAGGAGCUCAGGAAAUGUGCGACUGGUUUGCUAGCUAGUUCAUCUCUGCCCCCGGGUCGCCCCUUUUAAACUAAAAUGUUUUUACUCACCUUCUAUCCAGGGCUGGGCAGGCAAUGUUGAAAACACACACACACAUUACACACAGCCAGCACACAGCACAUUCAGAUCACACACAGCCACCACACACACUGUGGGGGAACAGAAGAAGGUAUUAUGGGGAGGGCAGAGAAUGAGACACAAUGCUUAGAUUUCCAGGUAGGAGGCCUCAAUUUAUCUAAUUGAAAUUAUUAAAGCAGAUUGGGCUACUGCUUUAGUCCUUUGUUUUCGCACCCCUGUGGUUACCAACAAACUUUUGCUGGGCAAAAGUUUUAUGGGGUGAUUUCAUGCUCCACUGAAUUGCAAGCGCUACGGAAUCUGUUGGCGCUAUAUAAAUGGCAAUAAUAAUAAUAAUAAUAAUAUGAAAGCCCCCUCUUAUUCCAGUUAUGUUUCCUGCAAAACUAAAACUCUCAGCAAUAUCUAUUCACUAUUAUUCUUAUAGGAAUGUUAGAUCUGAUACAGAAACAUGUCACCAGUUAUCAACUGUGAUUUAACCCGUUAGCAUGAUCAAUUACAGAUUACAGAUCAGUCUAACUGAAAGUCAUUCCCAAAUGUAAUUUGCAAAAACUGAAUAUCUAUCUUCAAAUUUUUCUACAAUUCUAUUUUCCUGAUUUCUCAGGAAUCGGAUACGGAGACACAACUGGGUCCCCUCGUGGAACCCCACAUUACGUAGCUCCUGAAGUGUGCAAGGGCGAGCCGUAUACAAGAGCUGUAGACUGGUGGAGCUUCGGAGUGGUCAUUUAUGUAAUGCUGUCUGGGAAGGUAAGAACAGACUUUCAAUAAGAAUCUAUAAACAGAUUUAUUUACUGCUAAUCCAAAGAGACUCUACCAAUUUAAAAAAGCACUGCGCACACCUAAAGCACGAUAGCUUGCUGAAAUGCUUUAUUCGUGCAGAGUGUGUCCAUUUUCAUUUUACAAGCGUACAGAUUUCAAUGUAAGUUACACACACCUGGCUGUCAAUCAGACAACCGGUCCUGCUCCCUGGCUGUGUGCGUACAUAGUGUGUAACCCUCUGUAUACAUCUCCCUGGCUGUGUGCAUACAUAGUGUGUAACCCCCUGUAUACAGCUCCCUGGCUGUGUGCGUACAUAGUGUGUAACCCUCUGUAUUCAGCUCCCUGGCUGAGUGCAUACAUAGUGUGUAACCCUCUGUAUACUGCUCCCUGGCUGUGUGCGUACAUAGUGUGUAACCCUCUGUAUUCAGCUCCCUGGCUGAGUGCAUACAUAGUGUGUAACCCUCUGUAUUCAGCUCCCUGGCUGUGUCCAUACAUAGUGUGUAACCCUCUGUAUACAGCUCCCUGGCUGUGAGCGUACAUAGUGUGUAACCCACUGUAUGCUGCUCCCAGGGUAAUACCUGUACAGUCAGAGGAUGCCCAGUCCUUUUGGCCCUAAUACAUAAAACAACCCCCAUACUUACUUGUCGAAGUCUUCCCCUGAUGAUGUAUAUGAUAAAAGGGUUCAGUUCUCUUGUACAUGUCAUACUUUCAUACACCCGCACCACACACCUUUGAUGCAUGCUGAUUUACACAUUGUGCCAUCCUUACUACUAACAUUCGAAAAACCAUAAACUAUUCAAUUAUUGCUCAGCAGCAGAUUCCUAUAUUUUACAAUUUUAUAAACUAAAAUUGAGUUUUUUUAAUGUAUUUUUUUCUCUAGUUCCCCUUUGAAAGCCAUGAUAUGAACAAUUUAACUGCUAGUAUCAUCAAAGGAAAAUUCAUAUAUCCAGAAUCUCUAUCAAGAAACGCUACUUCAAUAAUAAAACAGGUUAGUCGCCACACAUGUUUCGUGUUUAAUAAAUGUAAUAGAUUAUAUGAGCCACGAUCAAACCGUUCACCAUUGACCAUUGAUGAGGGAACUUUAUCCUGGCGAGCUGCCUUAGGAUGAAUGAAUUCUAAGUUCUUGGAGGUUUCAGGAUUAGACCCUCUGCAUGGAGCCUUACGUCUAAUCAGUACAGUAAUGAUUUAUGACAUCCCAGCAUCUUGUAUCAUUUCCUUAUAUGAACGGUCUGACAGAUAGUGAUAUAAAGUGUGUAGAAAAGAAUGCAGGUUCAGAUAAUCUUUGGGAGAGGGAAUGUAUCAGUUUUUUUAUUUUGUCUUUUCACAAUAGUAAUCUUAUUUGUCAUGCACAUAUCUCAGUACUAUAUAUACAUCUUUAAUUGCAUGUACCUAGCUGUGUGUAUUAAUGCAGCUAACGAAACAUUCAUUAUUACUGAGAAUUAAACCAAAACACUGAGUAUAUUCUUAUUCAUUGUAUGACACCCAUAAUGAUUCAUUAUUCAUUACCCAUAAGACAUUAAUAUUCUAUAUUUACAUGACAUAUAGCGUCCUGUAUAAAAAUAUAGUUAUAGGUAGUUGGCGCAGGGUAAAUCCAGAGCCCAGUCUUGGAUGGGGCACAAUGCCAGUUUGUUUUUAUUGUGAAGAGGCAGAUAGAUUGCAAUAUGACAUCAAGGAACACCUUGUGUUGUGCUCACAUAAAGCACCACCCACGUACGUACAUUGCUACCACCACACUUUACUUUUCUUCUUUGCUGUCCCUUCAAGCAUAACUCACAAGUGCCAGAAGCUUAAGGAAGCAAGGUGAAUGGUUAGUGUAGGACCAACCUAAGAGGUUUGCCUUGACAUGGCAGGUGGGCUUCCCUCUCAUGGAUAUUGGAGUAACCAAAUUACCUCCAUUUGUUUAAAUAUAGAUAGGGAUUUGGGAAGGGCGCAGGUGAGUUUUUUCUUUGGUUUUUACUGUAUAUAUUGGGUCUGAUGUGUACUAUGCUCAUUGCUGCCGCCCAAGAGUAGUGGAGUUUGAGUGCAGGACCUGUUUUUUUUGUAAUUGUAUAAAACUCACAAAGUGCAGGGCAGAUGGCUUGGAAAAAGCCGGCAUACUGGGCUAGCCAACAGCCUCCUCCCCGUGUUGAGCUCAGAGCACCUCUGUUCACUCUCUACAGUCUCUAAUUUACUUGUCCCAUGCACUUAUUCAUUGCCAUGUCACUCAAUCAUGCCACUUGCCCUACCCACUGUCUGCUUGCACAUGUCACUUGCCCUGUCCACUCUAUCUGUGCCCAUGUCAGAUAUCAUAGUAAUCUUUCCCACCAUGGCACAUGAUCCAUUCACUUUCAUGCCCAUUUCACGCUCACCAUAUCAACAACCUAGUCUGCUCCCUAAUUUCCUUCCUCUAUAACACUAAUCCAUAAAUUACUCCCUCAUGUCGUUAUAACUGUGCCACUUCUCCAUGCCAGUUCCCAUUUUACAUCACCUAGCUGGCCUCAAAAAUAAAAAGACAAUAUCAUUAAAGAAAUGGCAGUGUAAUUAAUCAAACCAACUUACUUACAUCAUGAGUCUCUCCAGCAAGCUCUCCUAGAGGUCCAUCAUGUUAGUUCUAUGCCCAAGGAGUAUUAAAAGAGGUUGCAUAGGGUACUGUCGAUUAUGUCACAUACUCCGUCCACUCUCUAUAAGGACUAACAUGUGAGUAGGAGAAAAUGCUUUCUUUCUCGCACGCAGAGACCCUGAGAUUUGAGGGUAGACAAUGAAUCUGGUACUUGGCUUGCUGCUUAGGGGGAAAACACCUGCCCCCCUCUGCUAUCCAUACCUGGAUUGCAGACAUACAUUGCUUGAGCUGCCUAUAUUUGGAGCCCUACAUUGAUUAUAAAAACAGGCACCUAGCAAGCAGUAACCAUGAAUCAUGCCAGCAGUCAGGACAAUCUCUGGGCAGCAUGGACAUGUUGUGUACUUAUUAAUCUCUGUAUUAAUGUACACAGCGUGAGUGAUAAAGGCAUCCGUUACUCUACCUGCUGGGAAAAUGCGUGUAAUUCUGAUGUUUAUUAUUAAAAUGAACAAGAUGUAGAUUUUUUAAAAAUCCCUUUUACAGCUUCUCACUAAAAAAGUAAAGGCACGACUAGGAGCCAGCAAGAAAGACGCCCAGGACGUUAAGGAGCACCCUUUUUUCGAAGUACGUACAUUUUGAAUAUAACAUGAUAUUUAUUUAUUUACUUUUACACAAAGUGGCUCAGUCACAAAAAUAUAUAUUUCUGAGCAUCUCAUUAAGAUAAAAUCUUUAUGAAAUACUCAUGCUGAGUGCACUGAAAUUCUAACACAGUGAAAGAUAAUUUAGGAUAAAGUAGAGACUGCUUUGUCUUAGGGUCAAGUCCGAGGUGGACAAAAGGUCGAACUUCUGCUGUCAAGUUUUGUCAGUUCCCACAUCCCAAGUGACAGAGUCCCUUUACAUUAAAAUUAUAAGGAAAGACUCAUUCUCGUAGCAUUCUAAGUUAGUUGUGUGUUUAAAAAACAUACAGUGUCCUAUGAGUUUCUGCAUUUACAUCCAUUCAAGGAAUCAUAGUAAAAUCAUACCCAGCUCUGAAAUCAUACCUGGGGUCCGCUAGGCAAUGUUAGCUUAGUAUUCUCAGCCAAUGAGUACCUCCAUGCACCACCAGGCUAGGAGAGUGCAGCGAGCUUCCGGGCUGCAGAGGAGAAGGCAGACCCCAGGUAAGUUCUUAAACCAUUCACAAGCAGUUUGACUACUCACACUAGUAGGGGGCUAUGGAACUCAUGGCACCAUAACCACUACAUAUGGAUGUAGUAGUUAUGGUGCUUAGAUUGUUCUUUUAAGGCAAUUUGAGGAUUCGUUUUCAGACUCUCACUGGGAUCUGUACCGAAUAGUUUUUUGGGCAUAUUAUCUGUAAUUCUGUGUUUUAUAUAGUUAUUUUACUGAUUUAUACAAUAAUGUACAUUUCUUUACAGCAAAUAGACUGGGCUGCAUUAUUAUUAAAGAAUGUGAUGCCACCAUUUGUGCCCGCCAUCCGUUUUGCUGAAGACGUCAGGUAUUUUAGUUGCAUGUUCACGAUAGAAGACCCUAUUUUAACUCCUACAGAAAGGCGAACUGAAAUACCGUGCUACGAGGCCGAGGCAUAUGAGGAUUUUAAUUGGAGGGCUGAUUGGAAUUAA